AUGUCUGACACAUCCGACUGCAAACAAGUCACUCCAGCAUGCCCGGUUGAAGCUACAACAUACGGAUACCGUCCCAACAUAGGCGGUAGCGUCUUCUUUGCGGUCAUCUUUGGGAUAUGUGGAAUCUUCCAUUUGGUAGUCGGGAUCAAAUCUCGACAAAUCAUGUUUACAAUUGCUCUGACAGGGGGCUGUCUGAUGGAGAUGGCAGGAUACAUCGGCCGAAUUCUCAUGCACAAAAACCCCUGGGAUAACAGUGGAUUUGAACUCCAGAUUAUCUGUCUGAUUUUGGCUCCCUCGUUUGUGGCUGCUGGUAUCUACUGGUCUUUGAAACACAUUGUGCUCUUCCUUGGACCCGAAAAGUCGCGCCUAAAACCUCGCCUUUAUCCGUGGAUUUUUGUGGGCUGUGACAUUGGCUCAAUUCUCCUACAAGCAGCCGGCGGCGGUGUAGCAGCGUCUGCAUCUAGUAGCAAUGUGAAUCUUCUCGAUGUGGGCAACGAUAUCAUGAUUACUGGUAUCGCUUUCCAAGUCCUGACUAUGACAGCUUGUGGAGUUUUGGGGGUGGACUUUGUUGUUCGUCUAAUCCGCCAUGGACGCUCUGGAGAGGCUCCCGAAGAGGAAAAGAUCUCAAGCAAAGAGGCUCGCAAGUUUCAUCUUUUCUGUGCUGGCGAGCUUUUUGCCUAUACUACUGUCCUGAUUCGUUGCAUCUACCGGUACGUCUGUCAUCUUCGUCGUUGGAAUCUCAUAUUGUGA